UACACGUCGACCGAUCAUUCUAGUGGAUCAAAAUUUCUAAUUAAAACAAUUAUUAUAAACAUAAUUAAAAUUAUGAGUGGACCGAUUCACAAGAACCAAAAAAACAUCAAUUCAACAAAAAAUGUGGAUAAUAUGGAAGAUUAUGAUCAAAAUGGGCAAGCCAAGUUAUACUCUCCUGAUUAUGCAAUCAAAAUCAAUACAAAGGAUCAUCUCAAAAAUUCUGAAAAAAAAGAUCAUCAUCAUCAGAAUAAUUCAUCAAUGGUGGGAAUUUAUGAUAUAAAGAAUAAAAUGGGUUUGGUAAAGGAAAGGUUGAUGGAGAAAUUAGUAGCUGCUUCUGUACCGUCUGAUGCUUUGGAGAAUGCUAAGAUUUUGAUUGAAUCAACCAUCAAGGAUUUCACUUCUGCGGCUCAGGGUCUUACCGUGGAGGCGCUUCACAAGAUUAAAUUUCAUCUUGCUCAUAUUUUGCCUUCUUUAUCUCCUUCUCUCACUUCCAAGAUGGUAGAUGAUGCAGCAAAAGAAACAAUGAGGACGACAACAAGAGAUGAAGUGGGCAAAAAUGAAAUGGUAGGAGAAAAACAUAAUCAAGAGCAUAAAGGGAGACUAUACACUUCUCCUGCCUCUACUUUCUAUUCCAAUUCCAUGCUUUUGCCUAUUUCCAAGCUCUAAGCCAUAAUAUCUAAAAAACAAAAAAAAAAAAAAAAAAAAAAAAAAAAGAAGCAUGGUAAGCAUAAUAGAUACUUUUUGUUUUUUUUUUUGAAUUUGAUCUAUAGUAUAUUUGGCAAAAAGCUAAUUACGUAAUUUUAGCUUAUUUUGAUACAAAUAAAGAGUUUGAUGGUCAAAUUAUUUAAUGUUCGUGUUUGAUAAUUUAGUUGGUUGAAUAGUAGCAGAUUUAAAAUCUAUUGUUCAAACCAAUCAAUUAAAACUAGCUGGUAAAAUUAGUCAAUGUAAUCAACUAUAGCUAUAAGUUGUUUGCCUAGUACUUUCUUCCCCUUGGUUAAUUUUAUGUGCAAGAGUUUCUUUUUGGUUAGGCAAAUUUUAAGGAUUUAAAAUGAAUUUCAAUCAAUGUAAAUCUAAAGCUGGAGUAGUCAAAGUGUAUAUUCAUACUAUCGUAGUCACUCAAUUACAGCGUUUUUUUUUUUA